AUGGAGGGAGCUGCCGAGAGAGGCGUCCUGGCCGUGCUGGUGGUCCUGGCUGGGCUGGCAGCCUGUGGAUCCGGCAGUGAAAUCAUAGAGGGUCCCAAGAAUGUCACGGCCCUGAAGGGCUCGGAGGCUCGCUUCAACUGCACCAUCUCCCAGGGCUGGAAGCUCAUCAUGUGGGCUCUGAGAGGCACGGUGGUGCUGAGCAUGACACCUAGUGAGCCCAUCAUCACCAGUGAUCGCUUCACCUCGGCGAGCUACCAGGAGGGCGGGAACUUCAUCUCUGAGAUGAUAAUUCAUGACGUGCAACUCAGCGAUGCCGGGCAGGUCAAAUGCAGCCUCCAGAACAGCGACCAGGAUGGAUCCGCCUUCCUUUCCGUUCAAGUCAUGGGGCAGUUGCUCAUUCCUGAAGGCAGCCUUGUAGUCAUUGAGGAUAAGCCUUGUAAUGUGACUUGCCGUGCACUGAACUGGACCACGCUCCCAGAUCUUUCCUGGGAGAUAGGGGUUCCUGUGAGCCAUUCAAGCUAUUAUUCCGUUCCGGAGCCUGAGGACCUUCAAAGUGCAGUGAGCAUCCUUGCUCUGACACCGCAGGGCAAUGGCACUCUGACUUGUGUGGCUGAGAUGAAGGGGCUGGAUGUCCGUGAGUCUGUAACUGUCAAUCUCACUGUGGUUCCGCCUCCCUUGGACAGUAUUGAUAAACCAGGUGCCUCAUUGCCUACCUGGGCCAUAGUUCUACUUGCCGUUUCAUUGUCAUUGCUUUUGAUCCUGAUCAUUGUUCUGAUUAUAAUAUUUUGCUGCUGUGUCUCCAGGACAGAGAAAGAAGAAUCUAGUUAUCAAAGUGAAAUAAGGAAAUCUGCGACUGUGAAGACAAGCAAAGACACUGUUGGGACAAAGUUGAAAAGUGCAAAUGAAAACUACGGCUACCGUUCAGAUGAGCCAAGCACCACACAGCCGGCUUCCCUCCAUGCUAAGUCCUCUGAAGCUGGUGUUCCAGAGCAACGCAGCAGUAGGCAACCUCAUCAGGAGUCUGAUUACCGCCAGCUGGGCCCAGCAAAUCACCCACAGGUUUCCUUUAACGUGGCCAGUCCUAAGAAGGUCAGGAAUGUGACUUUGGUAUAG